UGCUGCCUCUGCUGCUUUCUGGUCCGCAUUGAGCUGCCGUAUAAAAACCAGUUGGGGGGAUGAACGACUGUUUGCAUUGACUCAGACACACAGAUGCGAGCUCCAAGACGGAGGAGGAGUACCGUUUUUUUUCUUUUCUUUUCUUUGUUUGUUCUUUUUUAAAUUGGCUCGGACCAGUCAUCCUGUUGAUGAGAAGGGAUAAAGAAAGGAUAUUCAGGAUCAAGUGAGGAGCAGGAGCGGACUCAGUGAGGUCGGAGGUCGCGAAGAAAGCGUGAUGGCGGUCUUCACUCAACUGGGUUUACUGCUUUGGAAGAACUUCACUUACCGAAGACGACAAACUAUUCAGCUGCUGAUUGAGAUUAUCUGGCCCCUCUUCAUCUUCUUCAUCCUCAUCUCAGUUCGAAUUCACUACCCCCCAUACGAGCAACAUCAAUGUCAUUUCCCAAACAAGGCCAUGCCUUCAGCAGGCACUCUGCCCUGGGUACAAGGAAUCAUCUGCAACGCCAACAACCCCUGCUUCCGAAACCCAACCCCUGGAGAGAGUCCAGGGGUCGUAGGCAACUUCAACGAUUCGAUACUUUCUCGACUAUUUAUUGAUGCCAAGAAGAUCCUGCUGUACACCCAGAAUGAUAGGAGCUAUGAGGGCUACCGAGAGCUGCUGGGGGCUCUCCACAAGAUGCAGAAGAACACUCCCCGCUUCAAACUGAAGGACUUUUUAAGGGACAACGAAACCCUCUCCCACUUCUUGCAUCACAAUGCCUCACUUCCUCGCCACGCACUGAAGCAGAUAGUGGAGGCUGAUGUCAAUCUGGAAAAGGUUCUGACGAAAGGUUUUGGCUUUCAUCUCAGAGACCUGUGCAAUGUAACGCCCCUGGAGGAGUUUGUGCACAUUGCGGAUCCCAAUGUUUCCCAUCUGACACAAGAAAUCAUCUGCAAGUCCUCCAGGGACUGGCUGAACAAGGCCCAGAGUCAUUUCCUCUCCAACUUGGACUUCCUCAAGCCGAUUCGGAAGGAUGUAAAGUCUGAUCCUAAAGUUGUUCAGGAAGUCUCAGCUGCCACCGACUACCUUCUGGAGAGUUUGGGAGAGCUGGCCGUGGAGCUUGCCAGCAUGAAGAGUUGGAAAGAUAUGCGCAAGGAGAUCCUUUAUCUCAACGCCAAUGCCACGGGCUCUCCGAAUCAGAUGUACCAGGCUGUGUCCCGUAUUGUCUGUGGCCACCCAGAGGGAGGCGGCCUCAAAAUCAAGUCUCUCAAUUGGUACGAGGAUAACAACUACAAAGCGCUCUUUGGCAACCAUGGCAACAGCAGCGACAGUGAGCCUCUCUCCACCUAUGACAACACAUCCACUCCUUAUUGCAACACCAUGAUGCGGAGAUUGGAGUCGAGCCCCAUUUCCAGGAUGAUCUGGAGAGCACUGAAACCUCUGCUCGUGGGAAAGAUCCUGUACACUCCAGAUACUCCGGCCACUCAGAGGAUAAUCCAUGAGGUAAACAAGACCUUCCAGGAGCUCGGCCUCUUGAGGGACCUUGGUGGCAUGUGGGACGAGAUGAAGCCCAAAGUGUGGAACUUCAUGGAGAACAGUGAAGAAAUGGACUUGGUCAGGACGCUACUCCAAAAUAACGCCAGUGCCACUUUCUUGAACGGCCAACUCGGUGGGACCGAGUGGCGAGUGUCCGAUGUGUCGAACUUCCUUUCCAAAUCUUCAGAUGACCCAAGAGCACCAGGGUCAGCAUACACUUGGAGGGAUGUCUUCAAUGAAACCGACCAGGCCAUACAGACCAUCACCCGCUUCAUGGAGUGUGUGAACCUGGACAAACUGGAGCCAGUAGCAAAUGAAGAGCGAUUGGUCAACAAAUCCAUGGGUCUCCUUGACAACCAGAAGUUCUGGGCAGGGAUUGUGUUCCCUGACAUCACCCAGAGCAACAGCUCUGACUUGCCUCCCAAUGUCAAUUACAAAAUCCGCAUGGACAUUGAUAACGUUGAAAGGACCAACAAGAUCAAGGAUGGUUACUGGGACCCCGGUCCUAGGGCAGACCCUUUUGAGGACUUGCGGUACAUCUGGGGUGGAUUCUCCUACCUGCAGGAUGUGAUUGAACAGGGAAUCAUCCGAGCUGUGUCGGGCACCAAGGAAAAGACUGGCAUCUACAUUCAGCAGAUGCCUUACCCCUGCUAUGUGGACGACAUAUUCCUGCGGGUGAUGAGUCGAUCGAUGCCUCUUUUCAUGACGUUGGCAUGGAUGUACUCAGUGGCCAUCAUCAUCAAGGGAGUGGUCUAUGAGAAGGAGGCCCGGCUCAAAGAGACCAUGAGGAUCAUGGGACUGAACAACGGCAUCUUGUGGCUCAGCUGGUUCAUCAGCAGUUUGGUUCCAUUGCUGAUCAGUGCCGGAUUAUUGGUCAUGUUGUUGAAGACCGGCAACUUGCUGCCUUACAGCGACUCAGGGGUGGUCUUCCUUUUCCUGAGCUCCUUCGGCGUGGUAACCAUAAUGCAGUGCUUCCUUAUCAGCACAUUGUUCUCACGUGCCAACUUGGCAGCUGCCUGUGGUGGAAUCUUCUAUUUUACCCUCUACCUGCCCUACGUGCUGUGUGUUGCCUGGCAAGACUACGUUGGAUAUGGAGCUAAACUUGUUGUGAGCCUGCUGUCUCCUGUAGCUUUUGGAUUUGGCUGUGAAUACUUGUCCCUGUUUGAGGAGCAAGGUGUGGGAAUCCAGUGGUCCAACUUGCUGGCGAGCCCCCUGGAAGAGGACAGCUAUAACCUGACCACCUCCAUCUGUCUCAUGCUCUUUGAUGCUGUGCUCUAUGGAGUCAUGACAUGGUACAUAGAAGCUGUGUUCCCUGGGCAAUAUGGAAUCCCCAGGGCUUGGUAUUUCCCAUUCACUAAGACAUACUGGUGUGGUGAGAAACAGAACAAGAACAUCUCGACUCCUCUGUCCAAGAAAGGCAACGCUGAUGCUGUGUGCAUAGAGGAGGAGCCAAGCCACAUAGAUCCAGGUGUUUACAUUGAGAAUCUGGUGAAGGUCUACAGUCAUGGAAAGAAGCUGGCAGUGGAUGGUCUCUCCCUGAGAUUCUAUGAGGGACAGAUCACCUCCUUCCUGGGUCACAAUGGAGCUGGCAAGACCACAACAAUGUCGAUCCUAACAGGGUUGUUCCCGCCCACUUCUGGAACAGCCUACAUCUUGGGCAAAGACAUUCGCUCAGAGCUUAGCACCAUCAGGCAGAAUCUGGGUGUCUGCCCACAACACAAUGUGCUUUUCAGCAUGCUGACUGUGGAAGAGCACAUCUGGUUCUAUGCUCGCCUGAAAGGACUGCCAGAGGAAAUUGUAAAAGCCGAGAUGGAACAAAUUGUCAACGAUGUUGGAUUGCCUCAUAAGCGACAGUCACGCACCAGCACACUUUCCGGUGGGAUGCAGCGGAAACUGUCAGUGGCUUUGGCUUUUGUCGGGGGGUCAAAGGUUGUUAUCUUGGAUGAACCCACUGCUGGUGUUGACCCCUAUGCACGGAGGGGCAUCUGGGACCUACUUCUUAAAUACCGACAAGGCCGCACCAUCAUCCUGUCCACGCAUCACAUGGAUGAGGCUGACAUCCUUGGUGAUCGCAUCGCUAUCAUCUCCCACGGCAAGCUGUGCUGUGUUGGGUCCUCGCUCUUCCUGAAGACUCAACUGGGCACCGGCUACUACCUGACCUUGGUCAAGAGGGACUAUGACCUGGCACUUCAUUCCUGCAGGAAUUCUGCAAGCACUGUCUCCUACAGCAAGAAAGCUGAGAAGGAGGAUAGUGUGUCUGAGAGCAGUUCUGAUGGAGGCCUUGGCAGUGAACCAGAAAGUGAAACUACCACCAUUGACGUUUCCCUCAUCUCCAACGUGAUUUUCAAGCAUGUCUCAGAGGCUCGUCUGGUGGAGGACCUCGGACACGAGCUCACCUAUAUCCUGCCCUAUCAGUCAGCUAAAGAUGGAGCCUUUGUGGAACUUUUCCAUGAGCUUGAUGACCGUCUCAGCGACCUGGGAAUAUCAAGCUAUGGAAUCUCAGACACCACCCUGGAGGAGAUUUUCUUGAAAGUUGCUGAGGACAGUGGAGUUGAUUCUGUGGAACUUUCCGAUGGAGUUGUGCCAACGAGGACACGUCGCCGCCAUGCAUUUGGAGACCAUCAGAGCUGCUUGAAGCCCUUCACUGAAGAUGACUUUGAUUUCAAUGACUCUGAAGAGUCCCGUGAAACUGACUGGCUCAGUGGUAGUGAUGGCAAAGGCUCAUACCAAGUCAAAGGCUGGAGUCUAAAGAGACAACAGUUUGUGGCACUACUCUGGAAAAGAUUCCUCUAUGCUCGGCGUUCCAGGAAAGGCUUUUUUGCACAGAUUGUCCUCCCAGCUGUGUUUGUAUGUAUUGCACUGGUGUUCAGCUUAAUUGUUCCUCCAUUUGGAAAGUACCCCAGCCUGGCUCUCCAUCCCAGCAUGUAUGGAGAGCAGUUUACCUUUGUCAGUAAUGACAUACCCGAGGACCCUCAUACCAGCAAACUACUGGAAGCUUUGACAGACAAACCAGGAUUGAGAACACGCUGCAUGAAUGGAGAAUCCAUUUUGGACACUCCGUGUGCCUCCAUGGAGGAGUGGUUGAUUCCGCAAGUACCUCAAAGCGUGAAGGACAUGUUCGACAACGGCAACUGGUCCAUGGCGAAUCCAUCACCUCUGUGCGAGUGCAGCUGCGAGGGGCGCAAAAGGAUGCUGCCUGAUUGUCCAGCCGGUGCAGGCGGCCUCCCACCUCCACAGAUGAAGCUCAGCGACAGAGAGACUCUUCAGAAUUUGACAGGGAGGAAUGUUUCAGAUUAUCUGGUGAAGACCUAUGCUCAGAUAAUUGGAAAAAGCCUGAAGAGCAAGAUUUGGGUCAACGAAUUUAGAUAUGGUGGCUUCUCAAUUGGCGCCAGGAGCUCUCAGCUUCUAGCCGAUAGAGAUGAGAUCGAUGAGGCAAUUGCUCAACUGCGUCGGCGUGUCCGUCUAGAAAGGGGAUCAGCAGCAGAUCGUUUCUUAUGCAGUCUUUCCAACUUCAUUCAAGGACUAGACACCAAGAAUAAUGUCAAGAUCUGGUUCAACAACAAGGGCUGGCACAGUAUUGGCUCUUUUCUGAAUGUGAUGAACAAUGGCAUCCUUCGAGCAAGUCUCCCACCGGGAGAAGACCCCACCAAAUUUGGUAUCACUGCCUAUAAUCAUCCCCUCAACCUCACCAAGGAACAGCUGUCACAAGUUGCCCUAAUGACGACGUCGGUGGAUGUGCUGGUGUCGAUCUGCGUGAUAUUCGCCAUGUCCUUUGUGCCUGCCAGCUUUGUUGUCUUCCUCAUCCAAGAGAGGGUGAACAAGGCCAAACACUUGCAGUUUAUCAGCGGAGUGCAACCUUUCCUCUACUGGUUGGCCAACUUUGUCUGGGACAUGUGUAACUACAUUGUCCCCGCCACACUGGUCAUCAUCAUUUUCAUCUGCUUCCAACAAGAUGCUUACGUCUCCUCCACCAACCUGCCUGUGCUGGCCUUGCUGCUGCUGCUGUACGGAUGGUCGAUCACCCCUCUCAUGUACCCAGCCUCAUUUUUCUUUAAGAUACCCAGCACAGCUUACGUGGUUCUGACCAGUGUCAACAUACUGAUCGGAAUAAAUGGCAGCGUGUCCACCUUUGUACUGGAGCUGUUUGGGGGCAAUGAGAUUGGUGGGAUCAAUGACAUCCUGAAGAAUGUUUUCCUCAUCUUCCCUCACUUCUGCCUGGGCCGGGGAUUGAUCGACAUGGUGAAGAAUCAAGCAAUGGCUGACGCUUUAGAGAGAUUUGGGGAAAAUCGUUUCCGUUCCCCCCUGGCCUGGGACAUGGUGGGAAAGAACCUCUUUGCAAUGGCCAUUGAAGGAGUCAUCUUCUUCAGCAUCACCGUCUUUAUCCAGUACCGUUUCUUUAUCAAGGCCAGGUCAUCAUCCAGUCACUUAAAGCCAAUUGGAGAAGAGGAUGAAGACGUGGCCAGAGAACGACAGAGAAUCCUCAGUGGAGCAGGACAGACGGACAUUUUAGAGCUUCGUCAGCUCACAAAGAUAUAUAAGCGGAAACAGAAGCCAGCCGUGGACCGGCUCUGUGUUGGCAUUCCCCCCGGCGAGUGUUUUGGUUUACUGGGAGUCAAUGGCGCAGGAAAAACCAGUACGUUCAAAAUGCUGACAGGUGAUUCAGUGGUGACCAGUGGAGAGGCCUACCUGGCCGGCAAAAGUGUAACUACAGAAAUAGAUGAGGUGCAUCAGAACAUGGGCUACUGUCCGCAGUUUGAUGCUAUCAAUGACCUGCUGACGGGACGAGAGCAUCUUGAGUUCUACGCCAUUCUCAGAGGUGUUCCGGAGAAGGAAGUGUGUGAGGUGGCAGAGUGGGGCAUUCGCAAAUUGGGAUUGGUCAAGUAUGUUGACAAAUCAGCAGGUAGCUACAGUGGAGGCAACAUGAGAAAACUGUCUACUGCCAUCGCUCUCAUCGGGGGACCACCUGUUGUGUUCCUGGAUGAACCUACAACAGGCAUGGACCCGAAGGCACGGCGUGCCCUGUGGAACACCAUACUAAGCAUCAUCAAAGAGGGACGAUCUGUUGUCCUGACUUCACACAGCAUGGAGGAGUGUGAAGCACUUUGCACCAGGAUGGCCAUUAUGGUCAACGGCAGGUUCCGGUGUCUGGGGAGCGUACAGCACCUGAAGAACAGGUUCGGGGAUGGUUACACCAUCAUCCUGAGGGUGGCCGGACCGGAUCCAGACCUCAGGCCGAUGAUGGAUUUCAUCGAGCGGGAACUUCCUGGCAGUACACUGAAGGAGAAACAUCGCAACAUGCUUCAGUAUCAGCUGCCCUCCUCCCUCACCUCCCUCGCACGCAUCUUCUCUCUGCUGGCCACCAACAAGGAGGCCCUCAGAAUAGAGGACUACUCCGUCUCUCAGACCACACUAGACCAAGUGUUUGUAAAUUUUGCCAAGGACCAAAGUGACGAGGACCACUCAAAAGACAUCCACCUGAGCAAACGAGACGCGGUGGUCAUGGACAUUUCCCAGCUCAGCUCUUUCCUCAUGGACAACAAGACCAGGGAGAGCUGCGUCUGAUUCCUCCUGUGGAUGACACUGCACGUCGCUCGUGACUUCCACCACAGAUAAUCUGUACCACAAAAAUUCUCAAGUGGAAGACACACUGUUCACUUUAUUUUGAUCUCAUUUGUAGUCUUUUUUUUUAAUUAUCUCUCAGAGGAUCUGCUGUUAAGUGCACAGCCUCUGAAAAUUUGACGAGGCAGAGACUGCGGGUUUGUGAAACACUGAACUCAAUGCAAAUCAAUGCAAGAAAUCUAUAUAUUUAAAACGCGAGCAUACUUGAGUGAGGGUUGGAGACUGGUGCUUCUCCUUCACAAUGGACACUUUGAGGCUGGGUUGUCAUGCUUUGUCUGACUGGAAAAGUAGCCGUGCUACUCUCUCAGAGGAAGUCUAAUCAAAAGCCCAUUCCAAAACAGUGCGAGCUACUUUGGAAAACAAACGAAGAAUGUUCUGAUCAUUCACUGCCAACUGCAAAAGGAUUUAAAGGACUUGGAAAAAAAAACGUAUCAGGGUCAAUUCUCUUCGUUACCAGGAGCAGUUUUAUAGUAUUGAAUGUGGCUCAAACAGUCCGACACAUUUCAAGGGAGCAACACGAAAUUUUGUGACACUUUUUUAACAUUUAAUUAGAUUUGUCGUAACUUUCUUGUACUUUCGUUUGAAUAACUGUUGAUGGAUAACGUUGUAUUUUAUAUUUCUAGUUCCUCGUGUCAUAAAUUGGUUCACAGUGCCUGUUGUGUAUGGUUAAGGGGGAGGACAUGUGAGCACUCCAUUAACAACAAGAAGAGAUUGGCUGGAAAGGAAUGUAUGUAUAGGGAUGUAUUUUGACAAAGCACAAAAAAGAGUGGAGAAAAAAAAAGAGCCCUACCUUGUUAAAAACAAAAAAAUGUCUCAUGGUGUUAAUACAAAAUGCUCCAGUGGCAUGUUUUCACUCCUCCCUUCCGUCUUGGACUUCCUAAAGUGAAAGCUGGAGGUGGAUGAGCAACGUGGACUAUGAGAUGUCGAAGAGGAAUAUUGCAUGCUCACCUCCGCUUGGACGUACCCUUGUUGAGUGUCAGCAGUUAUGAGUGUUGGAUUUUUAGAACAUUUUGGACAUGAGGGCACAGAAUCGAAAUGAGGAAAGUGAUGAGUGCGAAGGGAAAACGUAAAAACAUGAGAGAUGACGGUUGUUCUUCCUCUGCUUUCCUCAUGAUGGGACUAAAAAAAAUGGUCAUUGUUCUGUAAAGUAGAAUUGUUGUGAUGGUCUCAGAAAAAUAAGUAACACUUUUGUGCCAAAUUCAGUUGAACCCUAA